AUGGUUCAGAUCAUAUUUGGACAGAACGCAAAGGAGUUCCCUAUUUUAAAUAUUGCUGGUACAUUUACCAAUUGGGAAAUCAAACCAAUGGAAUUACAUGAUGAACAUUGGGAAUUCAAUAUACCCGAUGAAACGUUGAUCGAAAAGGGAAUUGAGAAGAUUUAUUUUAAAUUCAUUGAUGGGGAAAGCAAUUGGUUGGUAGAUGGUAAUUUUGCCAUUGAAGUGGAUGAACACAAUAAUCAGAAUAAUGUAAUGGUCUUGAGUCCAACAAAAGAAUCGGAGACAGUUCAUUCUGGUUCAAAAGAUCACGAGAACAAGGAUAAUGUGGGAAAAAGCAAAGAUAGGUUAUCACAAUCAUCUUUGGAUAAUAUCAAUGUAAGUACAGAAGAUAUUAAAGAAGAAGAAUUGAAUGAUGAAGGCCCACAAUCCCCAGUACCAUCAUUAGGAAUAAAUAAAGUAGAAACACCUGCCGAUUAUGAAAAUAUUGUCAAUAGUCCCUCCCCAACCAUUAAUGAAGGCAAAGAAGAUGAAACAGAAAAAGAAGCAAAUGAAUCUGAUAACAAUGAAACCUCUACUAAGAUGGUAUCUUCAUUUCCUCAAACAGAACCUAAACCCCUCGAGAAAAAUGACGAAAACGAACCAAAUAACUUGAAGAAUGAAAGCAAGGACCAAAAUGAAGAAGCGAAAACUUCUGCCAGUGAUAAUAAUACUGAACACACAGAACCGAACGUUAACUUGAUCAGUAAAGAUGAUACGUCAGGGAAAUUACCACAGGCAAAAACUCUAGAUCCUGGUACGAAGGGCUUUACUUUGAAAAAUGAAGUUAGUUUUGAAUCAGAAAACAAGAAUCCUGUUGAGAUGAAAACGGCACAGGAGACUCCAACGAUUGAAAAGAGGAAUAUGGAACAAGCUUUACAUAUACCAAAGGAAAAGCAGGAUACUGACAAGACUCCUCCGGAAAGAUUAACUGAAAUAAACCCCGAAGAAGAACAAAAUGCUAAAGAAGUUGAGCAUGAGGAACCUGAACCAAAAGUUGAGCUGGAACAUCAACAAAAGGUUAAGCAUGAAGAAGAACAAAUUGAAUCCCCAACUGUUAAUGUCAGGCAUGAAUCUGUGCUCGAACGAGAGGCAUUUACACCUGAAUUUGAACCUAGCGAGGAGCCGGAGGUAGAACAAAAACCUGUUUCAACACAACAAGAAGAAUACAUUCCACCUACCCCACCUUCAUCUUCUGCGACACCUAUUUCAGGAGAAAGUGAGAAUCAAGAAGGGACAGAAGAGGAAGAAUUUGAACAUACUAAUGGUCAGUUAGCGAAAACAAACGGAGAAAUGCCAAAUUCUGACCAGUAUGAAAGUUUAUUAAGAAGAAUAUUGGGUGCGUUAGGAAGAUUCUUUAGUUCAUGGUUUUUCUUUUUCCAUUCUUCAAAGGAAAAAGAUGAUAAAAAAUCUUUAGAAUCAAGUUAA